CGAUUUGAUGCAACUGGGUAGAUCAGUUUUUGUUCGCCGCAACUCAUACCUCUCUCUUUUAGCAAAAAACACACACACACACACUCUCUCUCUCUCUCUCUCCUACUGUUUUCAUCCAAGUUUUCCAUCAGUGGGUCGCAAACCCUAGUUUACCCAUCGUGAUUGAAUCGAUUUAUAGUUCAGAUUUCCCCCCUCAAAAGUUUACAUUCAAUCAAGCCGUAGUCCCUGAAAUGAUUGGUUCUGGUUUAGGGUUAGGGCUUCGGCUCUUGAAUCGAAGAUUCGGAUCAGAAACUGGAUUUCAAAUACGAAUUAUCCUUUCUGUCUACGACCUCCCGCUUUCUGAUUUCUACUGCACGCCUUCAAUAAUUUCCAAUCUGUCGUUUUCUUGUUUCUCUUCGGUUGCAUCUCCCGCCAAGUCCUCGGAUUCAAAUCCGUUCAUCGUCGAUUACCUGGUCGAAGCCUUCGGCCUGUCCAAAACUCAAGCACUUGCAGCUUCGAAACUAAGGAUGGGGAUGAAAGACUCCAAAAAGCCCGAAUCCGUUGUUCACUUUCUCCGGCAGUUGGGAUUCUCUGAAGCUCAUGUUCGAGGUGCAGUCCGAGUUUCCCCUCAAAUCCUAUUUUCAAAAAUUGAGAAGACCCUUAAACCUAAGCUCAAGUUAUUCCAAGAAAUAGGUCUCACCGGGUCCGAUCUGGGUAGGUUCAUUUCGAAGAACGCCGGUCUAUUAACUGUUAGCUUGGAUCGAAGAUUGAUUCCUUGCAUGGAGGUUCUGAAGAAGAUGUUUACUAUCUAUGGUGGUCACCGAAGCUUGAUUCUGGUUCUACAGAGAUGCAAAUGGGUCCUCACCUCAGACCCAGAAGCAAGGUUGUUGCCCAAUAUUUCCUUAUUGGAGAGCCAUGGGAUUGUUGGGUCUCAGCUCUCAGCGCUCUUUAGGCGGCAACCAACGUUGUUUCUCAUGAGGGAAUCUGCGCUUAGGGACCAACUUAGAAGGGUUGUGGAGAUGGGUGUCUCUGCUGAUUCAAGGAUGUUCGUCCACGCCCUCCACACUAUUAGUUGCAUGAGUCCCGAAACUCUUAGGGGGAAAUUCGAGUUGUUUCAGGGAUUUGGUUUUUCAGAGGAGGAAUGUAUGACGAUGUUUGAAAAGAUGCCAGUUCUUUUCAGAUGUUCCGAGGUGAAGUUAAAGUUUGGUAUCGAGUUCUUCAUGAACGUUAUUGGGUUUGAAAAGAUGGUCUUGGUUCAGCGACCAAUGUGUCUCAUGUACAGUAUAGAGAAGAGAGUGAUCCCUCGGUACAGGGUCAUUGAGAUUUUGAAGUCGAAGAGGUUGUUGAAGAAGGUACCAAUUUUUCUUCAUGUGGUGGAAUUGCCAGAGAAGAAAUUCGUGGAUAGGUUCAUUUCGAGAUUCAAAGAUGAUUUAGAGGAGUUGUUGGUUGCUUACAAGGGUGCUGUUUUGGACUCUUCGGAGGAAGACGAAUCUACAUAGCUUCGCUUGUUUAUUCAACGAUCAAUAGACGAGCACCAGAAGAACUAAAUUACCCACAUAGCUUGCCGGCCUUAUUUACACUUAUUUACAUUUAUGUCCUGUUGCUUCUUUGUCCCUGUCCAAAGAUGUCUCUCGGCAUUGAAGAGAGUACUCCAAGUUUCCCCAGCAAAACUGACCACAUUUGGCUGCUUCAAAGCUUACCAGUGAUUCCAUCUACAUGUCAAGCUGAAAAAGCGACAGGAAGAGGAAGAGAAAGCUAUAGGGAUGGAAUUGAGCAUUACAGAAGAAAAAGAAGAAUUGGGCUCUAAUCCAGAGCUUAUGAAGGUGAAGGUUAGACUGGAUGCAUUAGAAGAGACUGAAAGAGAUUGCUGUUGAAGCAAAGAAACUCUCAUUUAGCAACUUAGCCAAAGGAGUAGGCAUCAAAAGAGAGCAUCAUGGAGCUGUUGACUCAAACCCUCUAAAGUAGAUUGGCGGGAAGCACUUCUGCACCGAAGUUGACUAGUAAAUCCAAACAAGUUCCAAGUCAAUAGAGGGUGGAUGCAUUAGGUCCACAGAGAGACAAGAAGGGAAAUCAGAAAGCUGGUAAUGAAUGGGCCUCCCAGGAGUUGAGGAAAUGAAGAUCUUUAAGAGUCCAUAAAUAACUGAGUCCUAUCGCCUGUUCUCUCUGAAUUUUUCGUGUGCAGCCACUGGGCUGUAAUUUUGAGUGUAAAAUUUGUGGCACUGAGAUUUGUUUUUUUUGGUCAUAUUGUGGCAGUGAGAUUGGUGGUCUAACUUCAGAUUACUAGGAAUUUAAAUUUAUUAAGGUAGCACACUAUCAGGAGCACCAGAGAAAUUUCAUAGGCCUGUACUCAGUGGUAGUGUAAGUGUGUAACUACUAAUCAAUAAUCAAUAAUUGAUCCAAUCGAAUUGAAUUGGCAGAUUUGAAUCA